GAUUAAUGUCGGAUUAUAAGAGGAAUGACUGAAGAUGAAGGCUAACUCAAGUCCUGAUGCGGGAUGUGCUGGGAGGCUCCCUAGAUUGCCUCCUCUACCUGCAUCCCAGAAGCCCUCUGACCUGUAUGAGAUUCAUCUCUAUAACAGUCAAUACCCGCCCCUCCUGCAGAAUCACUCUCGGACUCUUGCGGUUCCCUACAAGGAGCUGCGGCACCACAGAAGUCCCUCCGAGUCCAUUGGGAACAACUACAGCCCGAGAGGCCAAAACCUGAAAAUCCAACAUCUGCAGCGCAGGCAUCACUCGCUUCAAUGCCCUCCAGUUGCACACCACAGUGAUUCUCCAGUUGUGUGGAAGCGACAACCUGCGACCCAUGGACAAAGUCGCCCUUUGUCACCGAACCAGCAGCUUGAAAUCAUGAGGCGUGAGGAGACACAAAGUCAAAGGGAACAGACGGAGCCUACAGAGAGAGAUUUAGAGAGGUAUGUGUACUAUAUCACUGAGGGUGUUUACGGCCACAUGUUAACCCCCCAGCCACCAGAGCAGAUCACCGCUAUCCUGAAGCUGCUACCCAGCCGUUUCCAAGGUGACGAGCGGAAGAUGCAGAAGAUGCCGGAGGAUCUUCUGGAGGAGGUCCAGAGAGACUAUGAAUUCAACCUCCGCAAGAGCAUUGUUGAUUAUAUCCUGCUAGAUCCAGCGGAGCGAGAGCGUCUGUCAGUCUCUGCUGUCCCCCGGCCGUUCCCGUCCCGUGUCAUUCGUGCACCAGUUCCCUGGUCCGAGAGCUACAGAGAGGCUCACAGCUGGCAGACGGAGAACCUUUGCACCGUCAACCCUAUGAUGCUCCAUGUACAGGAUCUCUGGAUGAGCAGUUUCACGUCUCUGCGGUUUGUGCGUUUGGAUGAUCUGCUCUCAGCCGAUCUUCCGCUCUUGCCGGCGGAGUUUGAGGAGCUGGUGCGGCGACAGUGUCAGAACACCCGAGAUGAACUGCUUAACACUUGGCUGCCCCGCUGUGCUUCUCUUUUUGUGACCUUUAAAGACUCCUGGUUGCCACUGGUCCCAAAGAAAGCAAGCAUCUCCCCGGUAAAGGCACAGAAACUCUUCUACAGUGUGGCUGCUCUGAUGUCACUGCAGCUGCGCAGUCUGGUGGUCGCAUCGCUGCUGGAUCUGCUGCAGUUUUUCCAGCUACAUCAGGAUGGUAAUGAUUUUGGGGAGUAUUUUGAUGAGCUGAAGUACACACAGCGUCCAUUGUUACUGGUGAAAUUGAGACUUGAGGACCCCAAAAUUGCAUUUGAACCUUCACUGGAGAGCUGCUGGGAGCUCAUACAGCAUGCAUUCACACAGAUCAUCGACAGCGCCCACAACAUACCCCGGGUACACGCUAUAUGCCAUCGUUACGAUGAGAUUACGGACAGAAUCACAAGCAAGCUGAGUACCACAGAGGAGCUGGUAGAGUUAAACCAGUACCUGAGACACACAAGUGAAGUCACCGUACACAAACUCCGCCAUGAGAUUGAGGAAGCUGUCAAGAGACUCGACUUCCUGCUCGACUACGCCACUCUUCCAGAGGAGGAUAUGAAGUUGUUCAGCACUUUGAUCCACUGGCCUGAACAGAUUCUGUCUUUAAUUGAAGUCAGUAAGGAUAAACUGAACAAUCAGAAAGAUCAGGCUGAGAUCGAUCUGAUGAAAAGAAUAGGGAAGUUGGAAGAGACAAUGAAGGGCCUGGAAAAAGAGGUGGACAUCUUUAAGAUGAAAGAAAAGAUGACUUUGGAGGAGAGCAAGAUCAAUGUGGAGAAACUCAAUAAGAUCAGCGUCAGCCUGGAGGCCGCUGUCAAAGAGAUAGAGUGCAUUAAUAAAGAAGAGGGUUUGCUGGACAAAGAACAGACUCAGUUUCCAGUCUUACAGACAAUAAUGGGCAAAAAACAGCCAUAUGACCAGCUGUGGAUCACGGCUCUUGAUUUUCAGACCAAAUCUGAUGUGUGGAUGAAUGGUCCAUUCCAGCAACUGAAUGCAGAAACGGUAUCAGAGGAGUUGGGAAACAUGUGGCGCACCAUGUACAAACUCACAAAGAUCUUCUCAGAUCGGACGUCUCCUGGGCGUGUCACAGAAAACUUCAAGAAAAAGAUUGACAAAUUCAAACAACACCUUCCCAUUCUGACAACUAUCUGCAAUCCAGGCCUGAAGGACAGACACUGGGAGAUGAUCAGUAAUAUAGUGGGAUUUGAUGUUAAGCCGGACAAGGACACCCCACUCCUCAAGAUGGUGGAGCUCGGAUUUUCAGAAUAUUCAGACAAGCUGGAGGAAAUCGGUGCUUCCGCAAGUAAGGAAUUCUCUCUGGAAAAGUCUCUGGAGAAAAUGAAACAAGAGUGGGCUGAGCUCCGCUUUGGGUUUUCCCCAUAUAAGGACACGGGUACAAGUGUUUUAUCGGCAGUAGAUGAUAUUCAGCUGCUGUUGGACGAUCACAUUAUCAAGACUCAGACUAUGAGAGGAUCUCCAUUCAUCAAGCCAAUCGAGGCCGAUGCAAAGACCUGGGAGGAGAAGUUGCAGAGCAUACAGGAUAUAUUGGAUGCAAUGUUGCAGUGUCAAAGCAUGUGGAUGUAUCUAGAGCCCAUCUUCAGCUCAGAGGACAUCAUAGCCCAGAUGCCAGAGAACGGACGCAAGUUUGCCAUCGUAGACAGUUACUGGAAAAACAUUGUCGCUGAAGCGUUGAAGGACACACGUGCGCUGGUGGCCACAGAGCAGCCCAACAUGUUGGGUCGCCUUCAGGAGUCCAACACUUUCCUGGAGGAAAUACAGCAGGGUCUGAACUCAUACCUGGAAACAAAGAGACUCUUCUUCCCUCGGUUUUUCUUCCUGUCUAAUGAUGAGAUGUUGGAGAUCUUGUCUGAGACGAAGGAUCCGCUGCGUGUCCAGCCUCAUCUUAAGAAGUGUUUUGAGGGCAUCGCUAAGCUAGAAUUCACCCCUGAUCUGGAGAUCACAGGAAUGAUCAGCUCAGAGAAAGAGAUUGUUCCCUUAAUAGAGACCAUCUACCCAGCUAAAGCCAAGGGAAUGGUUGAGAAGUGGCUUCUGCAGGUUGAAAACACAAUGCUGAUGAGCAUCAGAGGUGUCAUAAAACAAGGAAUGGAGCAGUACUCAGAGAUGCCUAGGAAGAAGUGGGUGCUGCUGUGGCCUGGUCAGGUCGUGAUCUGUGCGUCCUGCAUCUUCUGGACCAGUGAAGUAUCUGACGCCAUACAGAACAACACUCUUCCCGCUUAUGUUGAACAGAGUAAUGCUCAGAUCGCUGAUAUAGUCGAGCUGGUAAGAGGGAAGUUGCCAGGUGGGGCCAGGAUGACUCUGGGAGCUCUUAUUGUCAUUGAUGUUCAUGCACGUGAUGUUGUGUGCAAGCUGGCACAGGAUGGCGUUUCGUCUCUAAAUGAUUUCCAGUGGAUUUCCCAGCUGCGGUAUUUCUGGGAGGACGGAGAGGUCAUGCUGCGGAUGAUCACCACCGUGAUCAGAUACGGAUAUGAAUAUCUCGGCAACUCGCCACGUCUGGUCAUAACACCACUAACUGACCGCUGCUACAGGACUCUGAUGGGCGCUCUGAAGCUGAAUCUUGGCGGAGCUCCAGAAGGUCCUGCGGGAACUGGAAAAACAGAGACGACCAAAGAUCUGGCCAAAGCGCUCGCCAAACAGUGUGUGGUGUUCAACUGUUCUGAUGGUCUGGACUACAAAGCAAUGAGUAAAUUUUUCAAGGGUCUAGCACAGUCCGGAGCGUGGGCAUGUUUCGACGAGUUCAACCGGAUAGAGGUAGAGGUGUUGUCUGUGGUCGCCCAGCAGAUUUUGAGUAUUCAGCAGGCCAUAAUGCGAAACAUGAAGACGUUUAUGUUCGAGGGAACCGAGCUCUCUCUCAAUCCGACCUGCUGUGUGUUUAUCACCAUGAACCCAGGAUACGCAGGCAGAGCAGAGCUGCCUGAUAACCUGAAAGCUUUGUUCCGUACAGUUGCAAUGAUGGUUCCAGAUUAUGGACUGAUUGGAGAGAUAUCACUUUAUUCGAUGGGAUUCACAGCAUCCCGGAGCCUGGCUCAGAAGAUUGUGGCGACGUAUCGCUUGUGCUCUGAGCAGCUCUCGUCUCAACCGCACUACGAUUACGGGAUGCGUGCGGUAAAAUCAGUCCUGACUGCGGCGGGAAACCUGAAACUCAAAUACCCAGAAGAGGACGAGAGCGUUUUGCUGCUGAGAGCUCUCAUGGAUGUCAACAUGGCCAAGUUCCUCGCGCAGGAUUUACCACUGUUUCAGGGAAUCAUCACUGAUCUGUUUCCUGGAGUGGUGCUGCCCAAACCAGAUUAUGAGUUACUGUUAAAAGCUUUAGAUGACAACAUCGUCAAGAUGAAACUGCAGCCUGUACCGUGGUUCAUUGGCAAAAUUAUACAAGUGUACGAGAUGAUGCUGGUCAGACACGGCUUCAUGAUUGUUGGCGAGCCUAUGGGUGGAAAAACUUCAGCUUAUAAAGUUCUGGCUGGAGCUUUGGGAGACCUUUAUAAGGAAGGUCUGAUGGAAGAGUUUGCGGUAGAUUUCCGCAUCAUUAAUCCGAAGGCGAUCACUAUGGGGCAGCUGUAUGGCUGUUUUGAUCCAGUGAGUCACGAGUGGUCAGAUGGCGUUUUGGCCACCUCAUUCAGACAGCAGGCCCAGUGCACCUCAGACGACCGCCAGUGGAUAAUAUUCGAUGGGCCCAUCGACGCGGUCUGGAUUGAGAACAUGAACACCGUUUUGGACGAUAACAAGAAGCUGUGCCUGAUGAGUGGUGAGAUCAUUCAGAUGAGUCCUAAAAUGAGUCUGAUCUUUGAGCCUGCGGAUCUGGAGCAGGCGUCACCUGCUACUGUGAGCAGAUGCGGUAUGAUCUACAUGGAGCCGCAUCAGUUGGGCUGGAUGCCUCUGAGAGACUCCUACAUGAACACAUUACCUGAGACCCUGGCAGAUGAGCACAGAACCCUGGUGAGAAGGAUUGUGCACAUGCUGUUAAAAGGUCUGAUGGAAGAGUUUGCGGUAGAUUUCCGCAUCAUUAAUCCGAAGGCGAUCACUAUGGGGCAGCUGUAUGGCUGUUUUGAUCCAGUGAGUCACGAGUGGUCAGAUGGCGUUUUGGCCACCUCAUUCAGACAGCAGGCCCAGUGCACCUCAGACGACCGCCAGUGGAUAAUAUUCGAUGGGCCCAUCGACGCGGUCUGGAUUGAGAACAUGAACACCGUUUUGGACGAUAACAAGAAGCUGUGCCUGAUGAGUGGUGAGAUCAUUCAGAUGAGUCCUAAAAUGAGUCUGAUCUUUGAGCCUGCGGAUCUGGAGCAGGCGUCACCUGCUACUGUGAGCAGUAUGACUGUUUUGCAUCUUUCCUCCCUCACAGGACGAUUUACACGUCACCUAAAUAUUAUAUCGAUUGAUACAUUCGAUGAUGAGACUCUAAGCAACAUCUUCACAUCCAUCACCGACUGGCACUUCAGUAAUGGUUUUGAUGCCUCUUUCUACAGGUGUGUUCAUGAAGAAAGUUGGCUCCUCAGUCAUCUCACUCUGUCUGGUAAAGUUGAAGAUGACAGCAUUCGCAGCCUGUUUUUUGGUGACUACGCCAAACCAGACUCGGCCAGUAAAACGUACGACGAGAUCACAGAUCUGAGUACAUUAACGGAGGUGAUGGAUUUCUACCUCAAGGAGUUUAAUAACAUCAGCAAAGCGCCCAUGAACCUCGUCAUGUUUCAGUUCGCCAUCGAACACAUCUCACGAAUCUGCCGUGUGCUGAAACAAGACAACGGCCACCUGCUGCUGGUUGGCAUUGGCGGAUCGGGGCGACAGAGCACCACCAAACUCGCCACCUUCAUCAAUGACUACGAGCUGUUCCAGAUCGAACUGACCAAGAACUACAGUAUGUCGGACUGGCGUGACAAUCUGAAGCACCUGAUGCUGAAAGCUGGGAUAGAGGGGAAGAAAACAACGUUUCUCUUUAGCGACAACCAGAUCAAGGACGAAGCCUUCGUUGAGGACAUCAACAUGCUGCUGAACACAGGAGACGUGCCAAACAUCUUCCCAGCAGACGAGCGUGCUGACAUCAUCGAAAAAAUGCAGGGAACAGCCCAGAUGGAAGGGAAGAAGAUGGACGUCACACCGCUCUCCAUGUACAACUUCUUUAUCGACAGAGUUAAAGCCAACCUUCAUAUAGUUCUUGCAAUGAGCCCAAUAGGUGAAGGCUUCCGCAAUCGUCUGAGGAUGUUCCCAUCUUUGAUUAACUGCUGCACCAUAGACUGGUUUCAGGCCUGGCCCAAAGACGCUCUGGAGAUGGUCGCCAACAAGUUCCUUGAGGAUUUGGACAUGGAAGACAACAUCAGGAUGGAGGUGGUGGAAAUGUGUAAGAUGUUCCAGGAGAGUGUCAGAGAGUUGUCUGAGCGCUACUACUCCCAGCUGCGCAGACAUAAUUACGUGACUCCUACUUCCUACCUGGAGCUCAUCCUGACCUUUAAAGUCUUGCUUAACUCCAAACGCAGUGAGGUGAAUGAGCUCAGGAAUCGAUACAUAAUCGGCUUGCAGAAACUUGACUUUGCUGCCUCUCAGGUAGCAGUCAUGCAGCAGGAGCUCACAGCUCUUCAGCCAGAACUGAUCGAGACAGCCAAACAGACCGAUCAGAUGAUGGUGAAGAUAGAGAAAGAGACAGUGGAGGUGGAUGCUAAGAAAGAGCUUGUCAGUGCUGAUGAGAAAGUCGCCAAUGAAGCAGCAGCUGCUGCUAAAGCGAUCAAGGAUGAGUGUGAGGGAGAUCUUGCAGAAGCGAUGCCAGCACUGGAAGCGGCUCUCUCUGCUCUAGAUACACUGAAGCCGGCUGAUAUUACUGUCUUGAAGACGAUGCAGAAUCCUCCUGGUCCUGUCAAACUGGUCAUGGAGUCCAUCUGUGUCAUGAAGGGCAUUAAACCAGAGAGGAAACAAGACCCCGGUGGAUCAGGAAAGAUGGUUGAGGAUUUCUGGGGACAAUCUAAGAAGCUUCUUGGUGACAUGAAGUUCCUUGAGAGCCUCAAGACGUUCGAUAAAGACAACAUACCUGCACCUAACAUUAAGAAAAUCAGAGAAAAGUUCAUAGACCACCCAGAUUUUCAGCCUUCAGUAAUCAAAAGCGUGUCUUCUGCUUGUGAGGGCCUUUGCAAAUGGGUGCGUGCCAUGGAAGUAUACGAACGUGUGGCGAAAGUCGUUGCCCCCAAGCAAGUGAGAUUAAAGGAAGCAGAGGAGGAGUUAGCCGUGCAGAUGCAGAAGUUAUCUGUGAAACGUGCCGAGCUGAAGGAGGUGGAGGAUCGUCUGCAGGCGCUGAAUGACACAUUCGACGGCAUGAUACAGAAGAAAAAAGACCUAGAAGCAAACAUAGAGCUCUGUUCCCAAAAGCUAAUACGAGCUGAAAAACUAAUCGGUGGUCUGGGAGGAGAAAAAGACAGGUGGACGGAGGCUGCUCGGCUCCUUGGCAUCAAAUACACCAACCUUACCGGCGAUGUGCUUUUGUCCUCGGCUAUGGUAUCUUAUCUUGGCGCGUUCACUGUCGAUUACCGCGUGGAGUGUCAGCGAAAGUGGCACAAGCUGUGCAAUGAGAAAAACAUACCAUGUUCGAAGGAUUUCACACUUAGCAACACUCUCGGAAACCAGGUACUGAUCCGAUCGUGGCAGAUUGCUGGAUUACCAGUGGACGCGUUUUCAACCGACAAUGGAAUUAUUGUCUCAAACUCUCGCCGUUGGCCACUCAUGAUCGAUCCACAGGGACAAGCCAACAAAUGGGUCAAAAACAUGAACAAGGCCAAUAAACUGUCCAUCAUCAAGCUCUCAGACAGCAACUAUGUCCGUACCCUCGAGAACGCCAUCCAGUUCGGCACGCCAGUCCUCCUGGAGAACGUUGGGGAGGAGCUGGAUGCAAUUUUAGAGCCGGUUCUCCUAAAACAGACCUUUAAGCAGCAGGGCGUGGAGUAUAUGAAACUUGGUGAAAACACUGUGGAGUAUUCAAGCGAUUUCCGGUUCUACAUCACAACAGGAUUGAGGAAUCCACAUUACUUGCCGGAGGUGGCGGUGAAAGUGUGUCUUUUGAACUUCAUGAUCACGCCGUUGGGUCUGGAAGAUCAGCUUCUGGGGAUCGUCGCCGCUAAAGAGAAGCCAGAACUCGAGGAGAAGAAAAACCAGCUAAUUCUCGAAAGCGCAGCCAACAAUAAGCAGCUAAAGGAGAUCGAGAACAAAAUCCUGGAGGUCCUUUCUUCUUCUGAAGGGAACAUCCUAGAAGACGAAACUGCUAUUAAGGUUCUCUCGUCAUCUAAAAUAUUGUCAGAGGAGAUUUCCGAGAAGCAGAAAAUUGCGAGUGUGACUGAAAACGAGAUUGACGAAACUCGAAUGGGUUACCGGCCGGUUGCAGAACACUCAUCCAUUCUGUUCUUUUGCAUCUCGGAUCUGGCGAACAUCGAUCCCAUGUACCAAUACUCUCUCACGUGGUUCAUCAAUCUGUACCUGCAGUCCAUCGCUCACAGCGCGCCUAGCGAUGACCUACAGAUCCGCAUCGCUAACAUCUUGGAUCACUUCACCAUGCGCGUUUACUAUAACGUGUGCCGCUCUCUGUUUGAGAAGGACAAGCUGCUGUUCUCUUUGCUUUUGACCGUCGGCAUUAUGCAGGGCAAAGGUCAGGUCGACGAUCUCGUCUGGCGCUUUCUUCUCACCGGAGGCAUUGCUCUGGAAAACCCUUACCCCAACCCGGCCCCGGAGUGGCUUUCGGAUAAAUCGUGGUCCGAAGUGGUUCGGGCUUCUCAACUUCCUUGCCUGGAAGGAUUAUUUGAACACAUGCAGGAGAAUAUCGCACAGUGGAAGCAGAUUUACGACUCUGGUCAUCCGCAGGACGAGGAGUUACCCGGGAAAUGGCGCACAGUAGUGGGCAUGGAGCGCAUGGUGGUGCUGCGCUGCUUCAGACCAGAUAAACUUGUGCUGGCGGUACAACAGUUCAUCGUCGACAGAAUGAGCCGGACAUACAUUGAGCCACCGACCUUUGACCUGGCGGAGAGCUACAGUGACUCUUACUGCUGUUCACCACUUAUCUUCGUCCUUUCUCCAGGAUCAGACCCUACAGCAGGACUUCUGAAGUUUGCAGAUGACUUGGGAAUGGGCGGCAGUAAGACCCAGGUGAUCUCUCUGGGUCAGGGUCAAGGUCCAGUAGCUGAGCAGCUGAUCAGAGCAGCACUGACCGACGGCACCUGGGUUGUGCUGCAGAACUGUCACCUCGCGACCAGCUGGAUGCCAAUGCUGGAGAAGAUUUGUGAGGAGGUCAUAACACCUGAAAACACACACACCAGCUUCAGGUUGUGGUUGACCAGUCAGCCGUCUGACAAGUUUCCAGUGAGUGUUUUGCAGAAUGGGGUGAAGAUGACGAACGAGCCUCCCAAAGGACUGAGGGCAAAUUUACUGCGUUCUUACCUCAGCGACCCCAUCUCAGACCCUGCCUUCUUCAGCAGCUCCGCUAAGCAGGACAUCUGGCAGAAGCUGCUGUUCGGCCUUUGUUUCUUCCACGCUCUGGUCCAGGAGAGGAGAACAUUCGGCCCACUCGGUUGGAAUAUUCCAUAUGAGUUUAAUGAGUCUGACCUGAGAAUCAGCAUUCGUCAGAUCCAGAUGUUCCUGGAUGAGUAUGAAGAGGUUCCGCUAGAGGCCCUCAAUUACCUGACCGGAGAGUGUAAUUAUGGUGGGAGGGUGACAGACGAUAAGGACCGCAGACUGCUGAUGUCCCUCCUCUCCAUCUUCUACAGCUGGGAGCUCAUUGAACAGGACCAGUAUUGUGUGUGUGAGGGAGAUCUGUACUAUGUGCCAUCACACGGUCCAUACCAGAGUUACGUGGACUACAUCCGCAACCUUCCCAUCACUGCUGAACCUGAGGUCUUUGGCCUCCACAGCAAUGCCAACAUCACCAAAGACAACCAGGAGACCAAUCAGCUGUUAGAUGGAGUGCUGCUGACUCUGCCGAGACAAACUAGCGGCGGAGCCAAAUCACCACAGGAAAUAGUGGACGAGCUGGCCGGGGGAAUGCUGGCCAAACUCCCUCCUGAUUUUGACAUUGAGAUGGUGACCAAUAAAUACCCACUCCUGUAUGAGGAGUCGAUGAACACCGUCUUACGGCAGGAACUUAUUCGCUUCAACAGGCUGUCAAAGGUGGUCCGUAGCAGCCUGAUAAACACCCAGAAGGCACUUCGGGGGCAGGUUGUGAUGUCAGCCGAGCUGGAGAAUGUCUUCAACAGUCUUCUCGUUGGGAAAGUGCCAGCCAUGUGGGCCGCAAAGUCCUACCCUUCCCUCAAACCCCUCGGAAGCUAUGUGUCCGACUUUCUCGCCAGACUGCAGUUCCUACAGGACUGGAUUGAUAAUGGCCCUCCAUCUGUGUUCUGGAUAUCUGCAUUUUAUUUCACUCAGUCAUUCCUCACUGGUGUGUCUCAGAAUUUCGCUCGCAAGUACACCAUCCCCAUUGACUACAUCGGCUUCGAGUUUGAGGUCUGUAAACAGGAAACUCACAUGGAGCAGAAGCCGGAGGAUGGUGCGUACGUCUGUGGGUUUUUCCUCGAGGGAGCGCGCUGGGAUCGAGAGCACAUGGUUAUCGGUGAGUCUGUUCCUAAAGUCCUCUUCGACACGCUGCCCAUAAUCUGGCUAAAGCCCGGAGAGAGCGCCAGCUUCCUGCACGAGAGCAUUUACGUCUGCCCCGUGUACAAGACCAGCGCCAGGCGUGGGACUCUCUCCACCACUGGUCACUCCACAAACUACGUGCUGUCCAUCGAGCUGCCCUCGGACAAGCCACAGAAACACUGGAUCAACCGCGGCGUCGCCUGCCUCUGCCAACUAGACAACUGAGCAUAUCAGAGUUUGCAUUUAUGUGUUUACAUUUUAACACGCCAAAAACUGAUAAUACAAGACUACAGUACUAUCAUUGUUAAGUUUAAUACAAUUGAAUAGAAUAAUAAAACAACGAUGCAUGUUAACAUAACUUCAAUGCCACUUAAAUGUACAGAGACAAACCAUUUAAGGGUGUAAAUUCAACAUACAAAAUAAUAAACUUUAAUUGAAAUACAGCUAGAUACUUUAAAUGCAACAUUAAUUGAGCCCUUUAUACAAUGCAGUAUAUGACAAAUAUAAUUUAAAAAACAGCUCCCAUUAAAGGGAUAGUUCACCCAAAAAUGAAAUUUCUU